AUUCACAGCGUAAAGACCCCCAGUAAGGAACCCCCUAAGAGUAACCCCAGUAAGCGUCACCGGGAGAGGUUGAACGGUGAGCUCGACCACCUGGCCUCCCUGCUGCCCUUCGAACAAAGCGUCAUCUCGAAGCUGGACAAACUCUCCAUCCUACGCCUUGCCGUAUCCUACCUAAGGACAAAAAGUUUCUUUCAAAGUAAGCUUUGCUUUAACUGGUCUUGUUCAUGUAAAGAUCAUUCUUGUGGUUUGGUCAUCUAGAGACGAGUGUAUGUUUCAAAAUACGAAGAGGCUUUAAACCCGUUAUGUUAAUUCCGCUUGUUUUUUUCACGGUUGGCUGGGUGACAAAAUCUUCGGAGGGCUAACUGACCCACUUCCCGUCAACCAGUAGUGCAUUUGUAACGUGGCACAUUGACUCGUAGCCGAUGACUCAACAUUCGAUCAAAUUAUCGAUAUUAUAUUUUAUAAAGGAUUUAUACUCACAAUGAUGUUUCUAUAGGCUGGUUAAAUUAAAUUAAAUGGUUAUGUGUGACAACUCAACGAAUGUCACGUGUUCGCAUCUAGGAAAAAUACUUUUUUCAAAAUAAAUAUGAUUUUAUUGUGAAAUUAUUUUUUUUUUUUAAAUUUACGGUGUUCAAAAAGCACUGCCUAAUGUCAUGUGGUUUAGCUUUCAUAUAUACCCUCAAAUUGAUUCACCCCCCCCCCUCUUCCAUCCCUACUUCAGAGGCGAAGCUAUGAUUAGUGCCAUCGGUGGGAUCCAAGAUUUUGGCCAUUCCCCCGGCCACGAAAAAAAAAAGAGUGCCGGCCGGGGCAGACCGCCCUUUCCACCCCCUCCCGUUUCCUACGCCCCUGCCCUUAUUAUAACUUGUUACUUUGAAGGAUUCAUCCCCAUUGCUUGCCACGUGGAAACUCAUUGUUUGUAAUACUAAGUUUUUUAUUUCUUUGGUUUUCUCGUGAGUACUAAAUCCGCUGUACAGCGGCCCAUUUUAAUAAUAUAAUUUGGCAAUGACGGUUUCCAAAUAGGCUCAGGCACCUGGCUGUUCGAACUGGUUGUCAUGGCGCGUGUGGCGGGGGAGAUCAAGCCAGGCUGCAAGCCAGGUCUGACCUUUCAGACAGCAAGGUCAUUCAGUCGGAUUUCACGUGUCUCAACGCAUUACCAGCCUCCCAAGGCGAGACAACUCAUCAGCAGCCCAUGCGGAAUGGUGCACCUUGACUUCGGCCCGGCUCCUGUGGCCACACGUUGGCGCCCUUUUCAGGUCUUUUGCGUGACAUCGCGCGUGCGUUUCGCCAGUGACAAUGUUGGCCUGCUGAGAGACGUUGUGAACCACUGGGCAGUGCAGGCGGUUGUCACUCUCACGGUCCUCACACACAAUUGACAUCCAGUCUUACACCAUUGGUUUUUUAUUAUGUUGUUGUUGUUUUUUUUUUUGUGGCUUUAUUGUCUAGGGGGAUAAUUCAAUUACUUAACAAACCAUUGAUUCAUGUCAAAUAUCUCUUUAUUAAACAAACAACUCUGAAAUUCUAACAGUCAAUCAUAUAAUUGCCCCAUCACUGUUAUCCAAGCUAUAACGAAACGCAACCCCAUUGCCCCCAUACCUAAAUACCUCACAAAAUACCAAGCACCUAGAAACAGCUACACACAUUUUCUCAACACCAAGCACGCACGCACGCACAAAACACGAACAACUCAUUAACAGGCGUAGGGGCGUCAUUUUGGGUAGGGCAGGGGGGGGCAUUACCCCACACCCCCAAUAUACAGGUUUUAUUUAAAUUGCUACGUACUGUGGCGCCUUCAAUAUUAAACAACUUAUUAAGCCGACCAAGUUUUGGUCUCGCCCGUCCCCCGAAAAGCCUGAAAUAAGGCCCUUAAACAGAAGUAGAAAAUAUUUAACAAUUUUUUUUAUUUCGUAGUGUCCACCACCCGUUAAUGAUGUAUUCUAAAACAAAUCUCAUUAAGGCCAAAUAAACAUUAAGACAUAUUAUUGUAUUGGAAUAGUCCAUGAUUGCUACUAACAUCUAAAUACAGUUUUCGCUAGAUUUUAAGGCUUCGGGUUUGCAUGCAAACAAACUAUAUGAAACAAUUGUGUAAAGUAAUGACCCUAUUUAUAGAAUGGAAUAUUAAUCCCCCCCCACCCCCAACCAAAAAAAAAACAAAAGAAAAAAAAGAAGAAAAAAACAAAACAACAACAAUGGAAUGGAGAGACAGAAAGGUGUGUGGGUAGCCAGUAACAUCAAGGUAACAUUUCAGAUUACAUCUCAUUGAUAUCUGAGUAGCUUCAUUGGUUUGGAUUUUAUCGUAAGGUUGUCGGAAGGGGAUUAAAACAUUCCACAAAUUAAGUAACAAAGUUUCAUUUACUCCAAAAAUGGAAUUAAAGGAAGCGGGAGAAAGCCAUUAUUUUUAAUCUAAUGCGCCUGUAACGUCAGACUCCAGAGUCCAUGAGAAAGCCAGUGAUGAGGAUAAAAUGAGAACCGAAAAGCAGAUUGAAACAGCCACGCGACGGGCCAGCUUAGUGCAGUGGUAACAGAUACCAACUCAUUAUGGUAUUACAUUCUCUACACACGCACGGCUGGACCGACGGGAUGCUAGCACGGGGUAGCAACGCCGAUGUCAUGUGGGAGGAGCAAUAUCAGUGUCAUGUGGGACUGAGGAGCAAUAUCAGUGUCAUGUGAGACUGAGGAGCAAUAUCAGUGUCAUGUGGGAGGAGCAAUAACAGUGUCAUGUGGGAGGAGCAAUAUCAGUGUCAUGUGGGAGGAGCAAUAACAAUGUCAUGUGGGAGGGAGGAGAAAUAUCAGUGUCAUGUGGGAGGGAGGAGAAAUGUCAGUGUCAUGUGGCAGGAGCACUAUCAGUGUCAUGUGGGAGGAGCAAUAUCAGUGUUAUGUGGGAGGAGCAAUAUCAAUGUCAUGUGGGAGGGAGGAGAAAUAUCAGUGUCAUGUUGGAGGAGCGCUAUCAGUGUCACGUGGGAGGAGCAAUAUCAAUGUCAUGUGGGAGAGAGGAGCAAUAUCAGUUUCAUGUGGGAGGAGCACUAUCAAUGUCAUGUGUGAGGAGCAAUAUCAAUUUCAUGUGGGAGGAGCAAUAUCAAUGUCAUGUGGGAGGAGCAAUAUCUGUUUCAAGUGGGAGGAGCAAUAUCAAUGUCAUGUGGGAGAGAGGAGCAAUAUCAGUUUCAUGUGGGAGGACCAUCAUCAAUUUCAUGUCGAAGGAGAAAUAUCAGUGUCAUGUGGGAGGAGCAAUAUCAGUUUCAUUUGGGAGGAGCACUAUCAAUGUCACGUGGGAGGAGCAAUAUCAAAGUCAUGUGGGAGGGAGGAGCAAUAUCAGUGUCAUGUGGGAGGAGCAAUAUCAGUGUCAUGUGGGAGGAGCAAUAUCAAUGUCAUGUGGGAGGGAGGAGAAAUAUCAGUGUCAUGUGGGAGGAGCAAUAUCAGUGUCAUGUGGGAGGAGUACUAUUAAUGUCAUGUGGGAGGGAGGAUAAAUAUCAGUGUCAUGUGGGAGGAGCACCAUCAGUGUCAUGUGGGAGGAGUACUAUCAAUGUCAUGUGGGAGGAGAAAUAUCAGUGUCAUGUGGGAGGAGCAAUAUCAGUUUCAUUUGGGAGGAGCACUAUCAAUGUCAUGUGGGAGGAGAAAUAUCAGUGUUAUGUGGAAGGAGCAACAUCAAAGUCAUGUGGGAGGGAGGAGCAAUAUCAUUGUCAUGUUGGGAGGAGCACUAUCAAUGUCAUGUGGGAGGAGCACUAUCAAUGUUAUGUGGGAGGACCACCAUCAAUAUCAUGUGGAAGGACCACUAUCAAUGACAUGUGGGAGGAGAAAUAUCAGUGGCAUGUGGGAGGAGCAAUAUCAGUGUCAUGUGGGAGGGAGGAGAAAUAUCAGUGGCAUGUGGGAGGAGCAAUAUCAGUGUCAUGUGGGAGGGAGGAGAAAUAUCAGUGUCAUGUGGGAGGAGCAAUAUCGUCAUGUGGGAGGAGUACUAUCAAUGUCAUGUGGGAGGAGUAAUAUCAAUGUUAUGUGGGAGGAGCACUAUCAAUGUCAUGUGGGAGGAGCAAUAUCAGUGUAAUGUGGGAGGAGCAAUAUCAAUGUCAUUUUUGAGGAGCAAUAUCGGUGUCAUGUUGGAGGGAGGAGCAAUAUCAGUGUCAUAUGGGAUAGGGGAGCAAUAUCAGUGUCAUGUGAGAGGGGAACAAAAAUGUCAUGUGGGAGGAGCAGCACCAAUGUCAUAUCUUUUUUUUCACUGUUUCAAAAACUUUGAUUAGUUCCACAUUAAUUGUUAUUUUUUUCAAUAUUAUUUUUAACGACUUUAUUGAUUUUGUUUGUAAACACCUAAACGGAUGUCAUGAUGUCAUAUGGUGGCCUCGAAGUUGUAAAAAGGAUUUCUGUCUCCUGAUUGAAUGUCUAGUUAAAUGUCUAAGUAAAGUAGAUUCUGAUAUUAUGAGAUCACCAAAAUACUGUCCGUGACUUGGCCUAUUUGAUUUAGCGACUGUAUAUACGGUUUCUCAUUACCCGGGGCUUUGGCUUAUUUUGCACUGCUUAUGCUGGCCUCGUAGGGAUAGCUAGCCAUAAUAUCCUUGUUGGAUAGCUAGCUAAUAAUAUCCUUGUUAGAUAGCUAGCUAAUAAUAUCCUUGUUGGAUAGCUAGCUAUAAUAUCCUUGUUGGAUAGCUAGCUAUAAUAUCCUUGUUGGAAUGCUAACUAAUAAUAUCCUUGUUGAAUAGCUAGCUAAUAAUAUCCUUGUUGAAUAGCUAGCUAUAAUAUCCUUGUUGGAUAGCUAACUAAUAAUAUCCUUGUUGAAUAGCUAGCUAAUAAUAUCCUUGUUGGAUAGCUAGCUAAUAAUAUCCUUGUUUGAUAGCUAGCUAACAAUACCCUUGUUGGAUAGCUAGCUAACAAUACCCUUGUUGGAUAGCUAGCUAACAAUACCCUUGUUGGAUAGCUAGCUAACAAUACCCUUGUUGGAUAGCUAGCUAACAAUACCCUUGUUGGAUAGCUAGCUAACAAUACCCUUGUUAAGCAAAAGCUGGAUAUUACCGCCUGCAGAAAAUAUAAUACUACAAGAGUCUUGCAUUCUUUCCAAGUCUCUAAAUCUAGCUUCGAAUAUGUCCCUAUAUUUUUGCAAGCAAAUGUUUCUAACCGUAUCCGGACAUUUGAUCGAACGGAAAUUUGGUCGAAAAUUUCUUUCGAUCAAAUUUCCGGUAACCGUUUCUAACAACUUUUAACAAGGAAUUCGCUUUGAAUAUUUAAUAACAAGGAAUCUUAAUGUAUGAUUCUAUAUUAUCUGUAUAUGUCUUAAUAUGUAGAUUUUAGACAUUUAAAAAAAUAAUACAACAUAAUAUAAAGAUUAGUUUUGACACAUGGACAUCUCGGGAUAAUCAAGUUUCUUAGAGCACAGGUUCCCAGCCCUUGGGAGAUGACCCCCAAAAGGGGUUGAGGGGGGGUGUAAGUGGGGGUCGCAGGUUGAAACAAUUGACAAAGAGGAGUAGUGGUUCUUUUAAUACUUUUUCUUUUCUUUUUUUAAAUUGGUGUAUUCUUACCCCCCUUUGACUGAUUGACAACUAGAACUCUAGGGUGGGCGAGGUCAAUGCUUUGCACUAAACUGUUUUUAAACGAAUAAUUUUGCGUAACUGUUUUUUAAUGUCAUGUUUCUUUUCUUUUUUUUUUUGGUCUUUUCUUUGAGCUAAUUUUUGUGUGAAACUCGGUGAGCCUAGCCCCAGCUUGUGGGUACCGCGCUAUAUAUAUAUAAAACCACUAAUAACAAUAAUAAUAUUAAAGUUUAAGGUGCAAUGUAAAACAUGGCAUUAAAUAUGUCACCUAUGACAUUAUACUGGGAAUUCAAGUUUGAAUAUGUUUUCCUUUCCAAGAAUUCGCCUCAUUUAAAAGCCAUUCUUAUCCAAUAUAUCGGGGUGACGGUCAUUUUCCGUCUAUACAAAUGUGGUCGUGGCUUGAAAAACGACUAAGAACUUGUGUACUAGAGGUAGAUAAACCGAGCUUAGCAGUUCAGCGCAAUCAACUCUAUUUUAUAGGUACUGUGGUAUAGUGACACUUUGUGAAAAUUUCUGACAACCUGUGACUUGCUGAAGUUAAAAAAAAAAAAAAAAAAAAAAAAUAAAUAAAAAAAAAAAAAAAAAAAAAAAAAAUACAUAUAAAAAAAAAAAAAAAAAAACAAGAAAAAUGUAUUCUAAAAAUGUGUACCCGGGAUUUCCCGAGAUGGGGACAAUUUCCCGGGAAGUCUUAUAUUGCUCACAAAAAAAUCGUGCAGGAUCCGGGGACCUCGGGAUCGAAAUCCUAAUGACGACAGUGACGCGGAGAUGAAAUGUUCAUUUCGUGGUCACUCCCCCAAGCUCUGGUGACUGAGGGUGCACGGGGGGUAUAAAGAGGUGGGGCGGGUAGAGGGGGGAGGGUUAUUUAUUCUUGCAGUAACUUAUGGUCAUCUGAGCUUUGUGUCAUCCCGGCUUAACACUGUGGGCCAUUUAUCAUAUCAUUGUAACAGCGUAUGGCAGGGGGAGAUAAUGAUACCUGCGGUAGGGGAGUGAAAGCAGGUGGGUGGUGGGUUGCGGGGGGGGGGGGGUCAUGGGGUAAUGGAGUAGAUGUUGCGGGCGAUGAGGGGAAUCAAACAUUCGCUAAUACUUGGGUUGUGGGGGGGGGGGGUGGUGGGUGGGGUGGGGGGGGUGGGGGGGGGGGGGGGGGUCAUGUGGUAAUAGAGUAGAUGUUGCGGGCGAUGAGUGGAAUCAAACAUUCGCUAAUACUUGGGUUGGAGAGUAUCGAGUUGUCAAACUAUUCAUUCCAUCUGUCAGAUCUUCCGUUUUGUAUUAUGUCUGACAAGGACAGAACAUGAGUCUUGGUGAAAAGAGAUUUUAUGGUAAUCAUUGGAAAAACACCCUAUGGAUGUCUGCUAACAAUAAGGCAGUCUAAGGGUAUCCUAGGGCCCGGCUACGCGCAUGAGGGAUUAGUUACUACCCAGGCCAUUCUCCUGUUACCGAUUUCAAGCUAUCAUAUUUUUUUUUCGAUUUCCCUUCAUAUUUCUAUCUACUGACAUAAUAACGGUCCCUACGUUGACAUAAGACAAUGCACAUUGGAGACAUUGAAUAGGCACACACAAAAAAUGUAUUUCAUUAUCUCCAUGGUAACGGCUUCUGUUUCGAGCAAAUUACCCGGUGUAUUCGUCAUGUAACAUCCAUGACUCCUGUAAUAUCAGUUUCCCCGUCUCAAUUCUCCAUUCAUUAUAGGCCCACAUAGAUUUAAUGAGUUCAGGGAAACUACCAAAAUCUAUAGGUUACUGAAACUGUACAAUGUAACGAAAGAAAAUAAUAACUCUUUAUGAAUUUUGAUUUUGCAUAGUGUACGAAACAUUGCAAUCACAGCAUCUCAUUUGAAUCAAUAAUGAAAAAUGGCAGAAUCAAUUUUAUGUCACAUUCUGUCCUUCUCUUUAUUGCCUUCAAUCAUUGUACGUGAGUGUAUCUAUUCGUCCAAUCGUGGGGGGGGGGGGCAAUAUCUUAUCUACAUAUAUAAAAAUGAAUGUAUGCAUGUAUGUAUGUCCCGUAUGCGCUACUCCACCAUUCAUGCGAUAAAUCUUGAGUGAGCUGUUGUUUACAAGUCCGAGCAUUUGUCUCAAUCAUUACAACCCUUUAAAAAUAUUCCGUUUUGGGUCGUUGCCCUUCAUUCGUUUUUUUUUCUUCCUUAUAUGAGAUUUGUAAAGAAUAAUUUCCGUAUGCGCUCCUACACCAUUGAUCAGAAUGCGAUAAAACUUUAGUGAGAUGUUGCGCGUACGCCCGUAAUGAUUACAACCAUUUUAAAACAUUCCGUUUCGGGCCGGCAGCCCUUACUUCAUUUUUUUCUUAAAUGAGUCAUGUAAAUAAUUUCAAAAAGAACGUAUGCAUUGGUGGAUGGAAUUUUAAUAAUAUACAAAUAGUGACAAUUCAAUUUUUGUGUGACAUAAUAAGUAGAUUUUUGAAAUAGUAGAACGAUUUUACAAUAUUCCGUUUUGGGGUCGCGGUCCCUGAAUUCGAUUGUAUUUCUUAUAUAAGCUGGUUAAAUAUAAUUUCUAACGGAGCUAUUGCAUGGGCGGACGGCAUUGAAUCAAAUACAAGCUGCGUCAUUUGGGUUUGUAUGUGACAUAAUAAGUAUGUUUCUGAAUUAGUAAAUCCAUUUUACAAUAUUCCGUUUGCAGCCGGGGGCCCUAACUUUUUAAUUUAUACUAAAUGAGCUAAUAUAACAAUAAUAAUAUUAAAGUUUCUGUGAAAAUCACGCUUCGUCCCCAAAGGCUCGAAGCGCAGUACAAAGUCAACCAUAUUAAAAGAGAAAUGAAAACAAAUCUAUAUUAUACCACAUUGAAAUACAAAAGGCAACAUUACAAAAACUACAUACGAGAAUACACAUUCUAAGUCUUUUAUACCUUGCAACCAUAAACAAACACAGGCCAAUAUACAUCUAGGAGACAAUAGCCAGCUAGUAAAGAUGGUAGACAACAUCACCCCAACAGGUGUUUGCGAAAUAGAUGUGUUUUCAAAUCGGUUUUGAAAGACUCCACUGUCUGGCUGUUUCUGAGAGCGUCAGGAAGUGUGUUCCAAAUUGUUGGGCCGGCAAAUGCGAGAGUGCGCCUUCCGUAAGUCUCCAGGUGAACACAUCGUAUCGAGAGUUUGCCACUAUCGGAUGAGCGGAGUUGUCUAGUGGGUACAUAAGGCGUCAUGAGCGCUUUGAGAUAGGACGGUUCCAGGUCAUGCAAGCAGCGGUAGCACAGAGUUGCAAUUUUGUACUCUAUGCGAGCGCGGCCCGGCAGUCAAUCCAGCUCUCUCAGGAGUGUUUUAGCAUGGUCAAAUUUGCGUUUGCGAAAAAAAUUGCGAGCCGCAUUAUUCUGUACUUUUUUAAUUCUACCCAAGAGCGUAGCUGGAAGACCCACCAUGACAGCUUUGCAGAAGUCCAAGCGUGAUAGCGAAAAUGCAGCCAUCAGCCUCUUUGUUGCAUCAAACGUUAAGAAAGGUUAUAUGACUAAUUCUGCGCAGCUCUAGAAAAUUGGCCUUGCAAAGCAUGUUAAUGGGAUUUUCCAUAGAUAGUGUUCUAUCCAAGUAGACACCCAGGUUUCACACUGUUUGAGCAAACGCAAUCUGUAUACCUGAGAGAGUAAGGGAUGGUGUGUUAUUUACAGAUUUUAGCUUUUGAGCGGUAGCAAUUGGGAUCAGCUGGGUAUUUUCAUCGAUCAAUUUGAGCUUGUUUAUGUUCAUCCAGCGCUUAACUGACUCCACUGUCUUCUGUGUCAUAAUAAGGUGUUGAACUGAGAGGGGAUCACGGACUGCUGAAGUUGUGUAUCAUCCGCGAACAUGUGAUAUAGCAUGUCAAACUGCUUGAUCACUGCACCCCAGGGGCUAAACGUACAUAGUGAAAAGCACCGGGCCUAGGACCACGCCCUGGGGUACUCCGAAUUCGAUAAUAGAUUCCUUCGAGGUCAAGCAGUUUGCAAUAACUGAUUGGACCCGAUUUGUCAGAUACGAGUGAAACCAUCUUAGGAGGGUAUCCGUAAAACCGAAAGUUUUUUGCAGACGCUGGAGAAGUCUGCCGUGGUCAAGCGUAUCGAACGCUGCCGAUAGAUCAAGUAACGACAAAAGUGAUACCUUGCCCUAACCACAAGAUGACAGAAGGUCAUUUACGACGCGCAACAGGGCUGUCUCAGUAGAGGGAUGCGCCCUGUAUGCUGACUGGAAAGUCUCAAACAAGUCGCAGUGAAUGAGGUGGUUCAGGAGCUGGUGGAGAACUACUUCCUCUAAAAUUUUUGGAUACAAAUGGUAGAUUUGAAACGGGGCGAUAAUUUUCCAACAUAUUUGGGUCAAGAUUUGCUUUUUGUUAGCAGUGGAGUUACAACCGCCUCUUCAAAAGAGGAUGAGACAAUACCAGUUUUCAAUAAAUAUAAAUAUAAUUUCAAAAAUAGCUAUUGCAUGUGUGGAUCAAUUGCUACAAGUGUGUGGACUAAAUUUUGAAAAGGUAUGCUUCUCACGUGGACAGCUGUGUGCUGUCUGCUCACGCUUCGAAAAAACCUUCUAAUUCAUUCGAGUACGCAACAGACUUUAAAAAAAAUAAAUAUUGUCUAUAUAAAAUACUUUAAAAAGCAUAAUUGAAACACAAACACUUUAUUUCUUUGAGUGGCAUUGCAACGCAUGCCGGGUACUCGCUAGUCUUAUUAAUAAAAUAUACAUCUGGCCCUGUCACAAACUGGACUACUCUCUAAACACAUGGCCGCCUGCCCUUUCAUAAACUGGACUACUUCCUAAACACAUGGCUGCCUGCCCUUUCAUCAACCGGACUACUUUCUAAACACAUGGCUGCCUGCCCUAGUUUAUAUUCUAAAAUUAUUUUCUGUAAUACUUGUAAUGAAUAUGGAAGAAUUAUUCAAAUCACCGCCCAAUCGUUUAGAUUGACAAAGACAAACGCCAGGUUAGGUCAGCAGACUACACACCCCAAGAUGGAUUAGUUAUCCUCACUUAAAGUCUUAUUCAAAGGUUCCAGCUAACCUCUUUGACGCCCCACACUCACUCCCUUACAGCGCUCCCCCCUCCCCCCUCCAUUCCAAAUACAAACAGUUCACCCCAUCCACGUUAGAUAUCAAUAAAACACAAAGUUUAGUUUACUUCUACAUUUCCGAUGGAAAUAAAUAAAACAUUGAAUUUAUUUAAAGUUGACAUUCACGAUACAGAAUAAACACUUGGCCGACGGGAAAUAGCACUAAAAUAGGAAUAAAUCUUUCCACAUCCUGAAAAUGUCCUGGACCGGAAAUGGGCCCAUACUCUUUGAUUCCAAUGUUACACAAAAUGUACUUUCCCUGGCUCUUCAACUUUAAUCUCGUUUGCAGUGAAAUCCCGUUCACCCGGGACGGAUUUAUGUACCUACAUUUAGAAACAUUCCAUGGGAGAUCGAUUCACCAAUCAUGAUUCCCUUUUAAUCUCAACCAGCUCUCCGGCCAUCAGGAUGUCAAAGUGAUGGAUAUCACAGGAUGUCCAAGUGAUGGAUAUCAUACCGCGCUUCUCUGAGAGGACUCUCCCCCCCCACCCCCGACCCACCCCAACCCCUUCCUUUACAAUGUCCAUUUUUUUCGCUCUGCUGUCUCAUCACCAAAGAGCUAAAUCCAGAUUGUCCCCCCCUUCCAAUGAGCUUUGACCGCUGCCCAAUUUCAGAACUCUCGCCUACGCCAUUACUGAAGAGAAAAUUCACUGUCGCAAAAUGACAUUGCGUAUCGCGUUGCAGAACAAAAUUGGGAGGGAAAGGGGGGAGGGGGAGUGAAAAAAACAAGUCAACGCUGGGAUGGAUUUCUGGAAUCUACUCUGGAAACAGAGUGCUGGAAAUGCUUGCAAGUUAAUAGGAAAAGAACGGAACCGGCUACACAUUAACGGGGGCCCAGACCCGAUCUCGUGCAAUUUGUAUCACUUUUCGAUCAUCGGUCCAUCUCGACCGGGUCUCCUCCGUACGGGCCCGCCGCGUGCCGCCGCUGUUCCCGGCUGCCACCCGAUACCGGGAGUUAAAAGCCAGGAAAUGGCGUCCGUCGUUUCCUCGAGUAUUCUGACAGUCGGAUUGCCCUCGGCAGUACUCGGGCAGUGUAAUUAACACGGCCGUGCUCGGCGCGGUGUGUGUUUUUAUUGUUAUGAUUAUAGUAAAUAGCUGGCUUUCACUGGGGCUCCAUACAGAGCUUAGGGGCACCUCCUUGAGGCCCAGCUUGAAACAAACGGUCAGUUCAUUCAUGCGCCACUGACCCAUUCUUUGUACUCUUAGUAUUAGUUCAUUAAGCUUGUUUGCUUGUGCGGUGGUGGUGUUGUUGUUAUUUUUAAAAUUCAUCCUGGAAAUAAUAACUUUCUCCUAAGGAGAUCUGUUUGAUAUAAGACAUCGAUUAUCAAUUUGAACAUUAAUUGUGUUAUGUACUUGGAAAUUGAAUCAUCCUACAAUUUCAGUUAGUUCUUCCCUAUCACACCACUUGGACUCUACACCAGAUUACAACACCGUGAUCCCCAUGUAAUAUUAUAAUUUGGCACUAAAGCGUUAUGAGACUGAGGACCACUGAAUUUCAAAAGCAUUUGGGUAAAAAAAAAAAUCACCUUACACCAGGAAAUUUAAAAUCGUUCGGUGGCGUUGAAGUUUUUAAAAAACAAUUUUUCGUGUCAACACUAUUUAGUAUAUUUUAUUUAUUUCGUUUGUUCGUUUUUGCUGUUUAUUUGUGUUUUUUGUUGUUGUUUUUUUUUUUUUUUUUUUUUUUUUUUUUAAAGUUUUGCUAUUUAUUUAUGUCCGGCUAUGAGAUGCCUUACUCGAUCCUAUGAUGCAUUUAGUCAUUCCAACGUUGUAGUCCUAAUCUGUACCGUUUCCACCUCACGACUACAGAGGACCAGUGAUGUACUUGUAAAGACAGUACGAGUGAAGCAAUUACUUUCGUGCUGACGUAAGCUAAGUCAUCGCCCAAUUGGGUGUGCGUGCGCCAGACACAUUUUUAACAUCAAUUUCUGAGGGUAUUUUUAUACAAAGGAUUUUGUGUAGUUUUUUAAAAAAUUUUGUGUUUUUUUUAUUUUGUUGUGUUUUUUGUUUGUUUUUUUGUCAGCGCGGCAGUGUUUCUCCUUAGCGGACUAGGCUAUUUUGAGUUUGCAAGAUGGAGAACAAAUAUCUGACUAUAGAGAACAAAUAUCUGACUAUAGAGAACAAAUAUCUGACUAUAGAGAACAAAUAUCUGACUAUAGAGAACAAAUAUCUGACUAUAGAGAACAAAUAUCUGACUAUAGAGAACAAAUAUCUGACUAUAGAGAACAAAUAUCUGACUAUAGAGAACAAAUAUCUGACUAUAGAGAACAAAUAUCUGACUAUAGAGAACAAAUAUCUGACUAUAGAGAACAAAUAUCUGACUAUAGAGAACAAAUAUCUUACUAUAGAGAACAAAUAUCUGACUAUAGAGAACAAAUAUCUGACUAUAGAGAACAAAUAUCUGACUAUAGAGAACAAAUAUCUGACUAUAGAGAGCAAAUAUCUGACUAUAGAGAGCAAAUAUCUGACUAUAGAGAGCAAAUAUCUGACUAUAGAGAGCAAAUAUCUGACUAUAGAGAACAAAUAUCUGACUAUAGAGAACAAAUAUCUGACUAUAGAGAGCAAAUAUCUGACUAUAGAGAGAAAAUAUCUGACUAUAGAGAGCAAAUAUCUGACUAUAGAGAACAAAUAUCUGACUAUAGAGAACAAAUAUCUGACUAUAGAGAACAAAUAUCUGACUAUAGAGAACAAAUAUCAGACUAUAGAGAACAAAUAUCUGACUUUAAACAAAAAAUUGUGUGAGGUGGUCAUAAUGCUCAGAAAAAAUGUUGCAUAACUUUUGGAGACUGUUAUUUUGAUUUUCAACCUAAGAAAUGUUGAUGCAUUCAACACGUUGUUUCACGCCGAUACAUUUCAAUGUGAUCACUCAAUGUUAGUUCACUUUUUCAUCACCUUAACAACCCACCCACCCUUCCCUUCCCCCCCCCCCCCCCCCCCCCCCCACUUUUUUUUUUUUUUUUUUUUUAAAUUCCCCAAAAACAUUCAAGAUUCUAUCUAAUCUACUGAAAAGCGCGGGGGAGGGAAUUUGUCCUUUAUUUUUUGAUUUUUGGAUUUUUUUUUUGGGGGGGGGGGGAGCUUUCUUUUUAUUUAGAAGAAAAUAGAUUAUGGGAGAGGUGUUAUUUUUUAGCUUGGUCACGUGUCUACAAUUAUAUGUUCACUUUACGUCUGUGACACUCUCCAGGCGUGCUGCCAGUGAGGUAUGGAAUUGAGAGCCAUUUGAUGUCCAGAUCGCAUCUCUUCCACGAGCCGGGGUUCUCCGAGGGGGAGAGCAUUCUGCAGGUGAGUGAAAGGUCAAAGUUGUCUGCCGCUGAUAAAGCAUUUUGUUUAGCUUUUGUUUCUCGUAUGUUUUCAGAAGUUAUCUCUUCGAGCACGUGCCGGCAUACGGCCUUGACAUCAGUAAGUUAAGCCCGUGUUCGGGGGGGGGGUGGGGGUGGGGGGUGGGAAGGAGACAGGAAAUGACGUCAAACGAAUGCUUCCAGUCGUCGAAAAGUUUUCAUUGAGAUGGCUUUAAAGUCACGAGCCAUCCAUCUAGAUAACGUGACGCUGUCAGAGGUCAAAGGUUGAUACUGACGGACAAAGAGCCCGGCGACCUCUGGUGUUAAUUAACUUCAAACAGUCGUUAAGCCGCACAAUAGUAUUGAAUAUGUCCCAACACCCAGUUAAUCUAGAAACACUGUCAUGGACGUCGAUAAUGCAAUUAAGCUAAGGGCGCCAAGUGUGUAGGUUUCGACCCAAGCGACCUCAUGCCUCUCACAAUAAUCGUACAGAUUGAUGAUAAACCAGGUGUCUCAUUAAGACCCCACGGUACAAUAUUUUAUAAUAUAUAUAUGGACACAUACACAGGACGGUAGUUGGGACGAAGUUAAAUGUGCCAUUAUGACUGUCACCUUGCCAGAUGAAACUGUGUGUCAUAUUGAGCUUAACCACGCUAAUACGAAGGUCAAUUUAAUCAUGACAUGCCUCGACAGGUGCCGAGCAGACUUUGCAUUAAACAUUUAGAAACAUGACCCAAUGAAGUGUAAACACAUUCAAAAAGACUUCAGCAGCCAAGCAAUGUCGCGGAGAUUGAAAUAUGUGUCACUAUAAGGAAUGAAACUUUUGAAUCCAUUUUUAUUUUAUUCUGACACAAGUGUCGUUUAUUUUGUACUGACACAUAUGACAUAAGUGUCGUUAUUUUGUACUGACACAAAUGACAUAAGUGUCGUUAUUUUGUACUGACACAUAUGACAUAAGUGUCGUUAUUUUGUACUGACACAUAUGACAUAAGUGUCGUUAUUCUGUACUGACACAUAUGACACAAGUGUCGUUAUUUUGUACUGACACAUAUGACAUAAGUGUCGUUAUUUUGUACUGACGCAUAUGUUGUAGUUCUGUACUUUUACCUUACCCCCUUUUUUUUUGUCUCCGCAUAGUGUUAAUUCAGGGGGGACGUUCCUUGUAUAGAUUGAUUUUGUGUUUCAGGCACUCUAUGGAUUUCUCUUUGUUGUCACGUGCGAUGGGGAAGUGUUUUUUGCAUCAAGAACCGUUGAGCAGUACCUCGGGUUCCACCAGGUGAGUAAAAUCAGGCUUUGAGAACCGUUGACCAUUACCCGGGGUUCCACUAGGUGAGUGCAAGACUGGCUUUGAGAACCAUUGAACAGUCCCUGGGGCUCCACCAGGUGACUACAAACCAGGCUCUGAGAACCGUUGAGCAGUACCUGGGGUUCCACUAGGUGACUACUAGCCUGGCUCUGAGAACCGUUGAGCAGUACCUGGGGUUCCACUAGGUGACUACUAGCCUGGCUCUGAGAACCGUUGAGCAGUACCUGGGGUUCCACUAGGUGAAUACUAGCCUGGCUCUGAGAACCGUUGAGCAGUACCUGGAAUUCCACUAGGUGACUACUAGCCUGGCUCUGAGAACCGUUGAGCAGUACCUGGGGUUCCACUAGGUGACUACUAGCCUGGCUCUGAGAACCGUUGAGCAGUACCUGGGGUUCCACUAGGUGACUACUAGCCUGGCUCUGAGAACCGUUGAGCAGUACCUGGGGUUCCACUAGGUGACUACUAGCCUGGCUCUGAGAACCGUUGAGCAGUACCUGGGGUUCCACUAGGUGACUACUAGCCUGGCUCUGAGAACCGUUGAGCAGUACCUGGGGUUCCACCAAGUGAGUACAAUCCUGGUUUUUAGAACCGAAAUUCACCAAAAAAAUUAAAUGAUAUCUUUAACAAAAACACCAAUUAUGAUAUUUAACAAAUAAAACAAUUAUGACAUUUAACAUAUACACCGAUUAUGUCAUUUAACAGAUACACCUAUUAUGACGUUUAACAAAUGCACAAAUUAUGACAUUAAACAAAUACAUCAAAUAUGACAUUUAAUAAACAUACAAAUUAGAAUAUUUAACAAACACAACAAUUAUGACAUUUAACAAACACAUCAAUUAUAGCAUCUAACAAACUUAAACAAUGAAGAUAUUCAAAAACACACCAAUUAUGACAUUUAACAAACACACCAAUUAUGACAUGUAACAAAAACACCAUUUAUGACAUUUAACAAACACACCAAUUAUGUCAUUUAACAAAUACAACAAUUAAGAUAUUCAACAACUACUACAUUUAUGACAUUAAAAAAAUGCAUCAAAUAUGACAUUUAAUAAACAUACUAAUUAGAAUAUUUAACAAACACAACACUUAUGACGUGUAACAAAUAAAAAAAUUAUGACAUUUAACAAACACACAAAUUAUGACAUUUAACAAACACAACAAUUAAGAUAUUCAACAUAUACACCAUAUAUGACAUUUAACAAACACACCAGAUAUGACAUUUAACAAACACACCAAUUAUGAUAUGUAACAAAAACACUAAUUAUGACAUUUAACAAAAACACCAUUGAUGACAUGUAACAAAUACACAAUUUAUGAAAUUUAACAAAUACACCAGACAGGUAACAAAUACCCCAUUUAUAACAUGUAACAAAUACACCAUGUCUGACAUUUAACAAACACACCAAUUAUGACAUGUAACAAAUACAUCAAUUAUGACUUUUAACUAACACAACAAUUAUAACAUUUACCAAACACAACAAUCAUGAUAUUCAACAAACACAACAAUUAUGACAUUUAACAAACUUAUCACUUAACAAGUUAAGAAUAAUUUAUACGAAAUUAGCCAAGCAUAAAAUCUAUAUUAUCCUUUCUCUGUCAUCAUGCCACGGUCUCAUCUUACCAAAAGUUACUUUCACGGUCUCUUCUUACAAAUAAUUACUUUCUCUGUCUCAUCUUACCAAAAGUUACUUUCUCUGUCUCGUCUUUCCAAGAGUUACUUUCUCUGUCUCAUCUUACCAAAAGUUACUUUCUCUGUCUCAUCUUACUAUCUUUCACGAUCACAUACAGGGGUAAAAACUUAUCUCAACACGUGACUUCACCUCGGGCUAAUUUCACUAUAAAAUAAUGUACACAUACAAACACAAUAACCUCCACAGAAAGCCCACCCAAAUUCUCCCGUUGUAGUUCCUAGCUGCUCCCGUGUCAUGUUUCUCUUUGAGACGCUUCUAAAACAUUUCUCUCAAACGCUUGUGACAGAUUUUUCUAAAAGAACAUACGGUGAUCGUUAUCUUUUUAAGACCGGUUUUUUUUUUCCCGCCACGUCUCUUCUGUGAAGUUUGUGAAAAGGACUUUACCAGAGCUGGUGACGUCCAAGAUGGUAGACUCUAUCAGAAUUGGUGACUUCCGAAAUGGUAGACCUUAUCAGAAUUGGUGACUUCCAAGAUAGUACAAUCCGCUUUUCAGAAAAGAAAUGUAAAUACCGAAUCAGCGUGUAGAAGAUAAAGCUAUUUUGUAUAUAACCGCCUACCAAAGAUGUGACCCCCCAGAUCGCGACGCGAGAUAAAUUCAAACGUCUGGAAAUUUAAAUGAAUUAUAUUUAAUUAAAUAGCUUUGUGAAUCAAGUUGGGUCAUGCCCACAUCGCUCACAUCAUUGGUCGUAUAAACAGCAUAUCGCUGUGAAAGAGGUUCCAUUUUUUUAAAAAAUAAUAAUUUUAUAUAAAAAGUAUACUUGAAACGAUCGCGUGUGUGGGGUGGGGGGGGGGGGGGUCAAAGAGGAUUAAAUCUAUCGAAAAAAAAAAAAAAAAUCCAAAAAAAAAAAAAANUGUUUCCAUCUUCAAAGCUCCAUUUUGUAUUCAGUACAACUGACGAGUGUUUCCAUCUUCAAAGCUCCAUUUUGUAUUCAGUACAACUGACGAGUGUUUCCAUCUUCAAAGCUCCAUUUUGUAUUCAGUACAACUGACGAGUGUUUCCAUCUUCAAAGCUCCAUUUUGUAUUCAGUACAACUGACGAGUGUUUCCAUCUUCAAAGCUCCAUUUUGUAUUCAGUACAACUGACGAGUGUUUCCAUCUUCAAAGCUCCAUUUUGUAUUCAGUACAACUGACGAGUGUUUCCAUCUUCAAAGCUCCAUUUUGUAUUCAGUACAACUGACGAGUGUUUCCAUCUUCAAAGCUCCAUUUUGUAUUCAGUACAACUGACGAGUGUUUCCAUCUUCAAAGCUCCAUUUUGUAUUCAGUACAACUGACGAGUGUUUCCAUCUUCAAAGCUCCAUGUUUCAAAACUAGCGGGUGGGGGGGAUGGGAUUGCGGGCUUAGUGUGUUGAGGGUGGGUUGGAGGAGAUAGGAUGAGGGUGAGAGAGUGCAGAAGUUGGGUUGGAGGAGAUCGGGUAGGGGGAGAUGGGUAGAUGAGGUGCGGUUAGCGGGUACCCAUCCUUACGAAAGAAACUGUCAUGAUUCGGAUGAUCGAGACUCGAACGCGACACCUUCGUUAAUUAAGCCAGUCGUCUGCAGUACCUCGGCCAACACACUCCGAACUGACAUUCAAUUCAGCAACGCACGCCACUUACGACAUAAUUGCCCCACCCCCUAGACCACUGUAAUUGAAUCAUUGUCAUCAGAUAUCAGUGCGGUGCAUAUGUGGUCAACACCUCUCCUGGCCUAUUAACAAACUCUGGUUAUGAGAUACACAUAUAAUUGUAGCGUCCGGGCGGCUUUUCAAACGUGUUUACAAUUUGAUCCGUCAUGGCACUCUGAGAGUGAUGGUUUGAACCAAAUACGUCAUGGCACUCUGAGAGUGAUGGUUUGAAACAAAUACGUCAUGGCACUCUGAGAGUGAUGGUUUGAACCAAAUACGUCAUGGCACUCUGAGAGGGAUGGUUUGAACAAAAUAUGUCACGGCACUCUGAGAGUGAUGGUUUGAACCAAAUACGUCACGGCACUCUGAGAAUGAUGGUUUGAACCAAAUACUUCACGGCACUCUGGGAGUGAUGGUUUGAACCAAAUGGGUCAUGGCACUCUGAGAGUGAUGGUUUGAACCAAAUACGUCACGGCACUCUGAGAGUGAUGGUUUGAACCAAAUACGUCACGGCACUCUGAGAGUGAUGGUUUGAACCAAAUACUUCACGGCACUCUGGGAGUGAUGGUUUGAACCAAAUGCGUCAUGGCACUCUGAGAGUGAUGGUUUGAACCAAAUACGUCACGGCACUCUGAGAGUGAUGGUUUGAACCAAAUACGUCACGGCACUCUGAGAGUGAUGGUUUGAACCAAAUACGUCACGGCACUCUGAGAGUGAUGGUUUGAACCAUAUACUUCACGGCACUCUGGGAGUGAUGGUUUGAACCAAAUGCGUCAUGGCACUCUGAGAGUGAUGGUUUGAACCAAAUACUUCAUGGCACUCUGAGGGUAAUGGUUUGAACCAAAUACGUCAUGGCACUCUGAGAGUGAUGAACCAAAUACGUCAUGGCACUCUGAGAGAGAUGGUUUGAACCAAAUACGUCAUGGUACUCUGAGGGUGAUGGUUUGAACCAAAUACGUCAUGGCACUCUGAGGGUUAUGGUUUGAACCAAAUACGUCAUGACACUCUGGGAGUGAUGGUUUGAACCAAACACGUGAUGGCACUAUGAGGGUGAUGGUUUGAACCAAAUACGUCAUGGCACUCUGAGGGUGAUGGUUUGAACCAAAUACGUCAUGGCACUCUGAGGGUGAUCGUUUGAACCAAAAACGUGCCUGGGGUGGGGUGCUAGUGGAGUUUGCAAAAUUGUAUCCCAUUUUUAUAGUGAGUUUAUAAAGUACUCCCCCUAGCAAAUAAAAUAUGCAUUUACUCCAAAGAAUUCCAACCUGACUCACUCUCCUUUUAUGAAAACAGUGUCUGAAUCCGUCACUGUUCCCCACCACCACCUCCUCCCGUCACUGUUCCCCACCACCACCUCCCUGUCACUGUUCCCCUUCCCCUCUCUUGUCCCAUUUCCCUGUUCCUGUUCCCCGCCACUGUCCCUCAUUCCUGUUCCCCCGUCACCUUACCCGGUCAUUGUGCCCCAUUCCUGUUCUCCACCACUGUCCCCCAGUCCUGUAUGCUGUCACUGUCCCCCUAUUCCUGGUCCCCCGCCACCUUACCCUGUCACUGUCCCCCCCUUCCUGGUCCCCCGCCACCUUACCCGGUCAUUGUCCCCCAUUCCUGUUCUCCACCACUGUCCCCCAGUCCUGUACCCUGUCACUCUCCCCCCAUUCCUGGUCCCCCGCCACCUUACCCUGUCACUGUCCCCCCAUUCCUGUUGCCCCGCCACCCUACCCUGUCACUCCCCCCCCCAUUCCUGUUCCCCCGCCACUGUCCCGCCCCCAACCACUUUACCCCGUCACUGUCUCCCGUCCCAGUCCCCCGUCAUCGUUCACCAAUGUGAUGUAGCACAACGAGGUAAUUAUCUGAGCCCGACGUUUCCACGUGGCGUCAUACGACACUGACAAGAUGGCGUUGACACGCGCUGCUCGGAAGUUGCGCAAAAAACACAAAAACAAAUCGUUUUCAAUGACAUCAAUCAGACGGAGUCAACGGAUGUCUCUUCUCUGCUAGAGUGAGAACAAUCGACUAUCACCGACUCUGGCUUCAAUGUGGCAAGGAAAAAAUGUGAGAAUAAAUCAAUUUUUAUGACGUAAUUUGAUAUUGCGUGUCUAAGAUUAAAAUUCGCUAUGUACAUAAAAUUAUGUUAACUAGACUGACAUUCCUUUUAUAUUAUUUGUUGUUGAGACGAGGUCUUCUUAAUGUUUCUUGUAUGUGGGAUUUGGGAACUUAAUGGACUUGAUCAAUAUUUGUAGCAAGGCUGUGGAGAAUCUAGAAAAACUAACAAGAGAAACUCGAAAUUACAUUUGGUAUGGAUGAACUUGCUAUAAUAUAUUCGGUGCAUCCUUGUGAGAAACAACAAUUUAACGAAGUGAAAUCACAUGAACGCAAAAAUUAACACAUACAAAUUAUUCCAAGCGUUCAGUUUUCAAAUAUCAAAUAUCGCAAUAAGGUAUUUAAAUAGAGAAAUGAAUGAAAUGGAUAAAUGAAGUGUUUAAAUAGUUAAAUACAGUGUUUAAAUACACACAGACAUUGUUUAAAUAGAGAAAUAAAAUGUUUGAAUUUAGAAAUGAGGCAUUUCGGAUUGUGGCGUACCAGACAGACAUGACUUAAUUUACUCAAUCACGUGAUCACUUUGAAACGCUAUAUUGUUUUCACAUUCAAAUCGAACACCUAACCAUAAACAUCAAUGAGAGGGUCGCCCUAGAAUCCACUCAAUUUUUUGCCAGGCUUUAGAGCCGUGUCCAAUCAACACCAAGCUAUGUGCUCAAUGUCAGCUUUGUAACACUGCCUAAUCCAGAGUUAUAUCCAGAUCACUGUGCGAUGUCAAGCCAAACAAAAACUAUGUCAAGCCAAACAAAAACUAUGUCAAGCCAAAACAAAACUAUGUCAAGCCAAAACAAAACUAUGUCAAACCAAAACAAAACUAUGUCAAACCAAAACAAAACUAUGUCAAACCAAAACAAAACUAUGUCAAACCAAAACAAAACUAUGUCAAACCAAAACAAAACUAUGUCAAACCAAAACAAAACUAUGUCAAGCCAAAACAAAACUAUGUCAAACCAAAACAAAACUAUGUCAAGCCAAACAAAACUAUGUCACGCCAAACAAAAUUAUGUCAAACCAAUUAAAACUAUGUCAAACCAAAAAAAUAACUAUGUCACGCCAAACAAAACUAUGUCAAGCUAAACAAAACCAUGUUAAGACAAACAAAACUAUGUCAAGCCAAAGCAAAACUAUGUCAAGCCAAACAAAACCAUGUUAAGACAAACAAAACUAUGUCAAGCCAAACAAAACCAUGUCAAGCCAAACAAAACUAUCUCAAGCCAAAACAAAACUAUGUCAAGCCAAACAAAACCAUGUUAAGACAAACAAAACUAUGUCAAGCCAAAACAAAACUAUGAUAAACCAAAUAAAACUAUGUCAAGCCAAAACAAAACUAUGAUAAACCAAACAAAACUAUGUCAAGCCAAAACAAAACUAUGAUAAAACAAACAAAACUAUGGCAAGCCAAAACAAAACUAUAUCAAGCCAAAACAAAACUAUGAUAAACCAAACAAAACUAUGUCAAGCCAAAAAAAAAACUGUGGCAAGCCAAAACAAAACCGUGGCAAGCCAAAACAAAACUAUGAUAAACCAAACAAAACUAUGUCAAGCCAAAUCAAAACUAUGGCAAGCCAAAACAAAACUAUCAUAAACCAAACAAAACUAUGAUAAACCAAACAAAACUAUGCCAAGCCAAAACAAAACUAUGAUAAACCAAACAAAACUAUGGCAAGGCAAAACAAAACUAUGAUAAACCAAACAAAACUAUGUCAAGCCAAACAAAACUAUGUCAAGCCAAAACAAAACUAUGAUAAACCAAAAAAAACUAUGUCAAGCCAAACAAAACUAUGGCAAGCCAAAAUAAAACUAUGUCAAGCCAAACAAAACUAUGUCAAGCCAAACAAAACUAUGUCAAGCCAAACAAAACUAUGUCAAGCCAAAACAAAACUAUGUCAAGCCAAAACAAAACUAUGUCAAGCCAAACAAAACUAUGUCAAGCCAAACAAAACUAUGUCAAGCCAAACAAAACUAUGUCAAGCCAAAACAAAACUAUGUCAAGCCAAACAAAACUAUGAUGAACCAAACAAAACUAUGUCAAGCCAAACAAAACUAUGAUAAACCAAACAAAACUAUGUCAAGCCAAACAAAACUAUGUCAAGCCAAACAAAACUAUUUCAAGCCAAACAAAACUAUGUCAAGCCAAACAAAACUAUGAUAAGCCAAACAAAACUAUGUCAAGCCAAACAAAACUAUGUCAAGCCAAACAAAACUAUGUCAAGCUAAACAAAACUAUGAUAAGCCAAACAAAACUAUGUCAAGCCAAACAAAACUAUGUCAAGCCAAACAAAACUAUGUCAAGCCAAAACAAAACUAUGUUUUUUUAAGUAAACCGCCCAAAUGCAAACUACAAACAUCUGUCAAAAUAUUUUUUUAAAAAUAAAAUGAUUAAAUACUUAAUAAACUUUAUUCUUUUAUAUAUUGUGUAGCUUAAUUGUCCCCCCCCCCUCCCCAACCCCCUGUACUUAGAAUGAGAAUAUAUUUAAAGAAAUUAAUCUGAAAACGUUAGACACGAGACACUUAAAACAAACUCUAACGUUAGCAGUGUCAAAUCUCUAGAGGAUAUUUAUUUAUUGAUUUAUUGAUUUAGGUAUUUUUAUAUAGCGCUUAUCUUACAGCUCUAAGCGCUUUACAAUUAUUAAAAAACAUGUAACCUAUUUAAACUGCCUAAGAAAAAUAAAAAUGAAAAACCAGAGACACCAGAAUAGUAACUACUAUAUUAAAAAUGACUAUAGAAACAGUAGCUUAAACAUUAAAAUGGCUAUAAGAACUAGUACACUUUGGCACGUUUUGGCCUAUGCUACAGGAUCAAUCACUUCCAACACAAUGUCAUUUCAUUAACCCUGGUCUGUCAAGGUGAUCAAACCGUUCGGCUUUUUGAGACUCUAGCAUCAUGAUGUGUUAAUAUGUUUGUUAAAUGGUUUAUACCAAAGUCUUGUCAGAUAAAUGUAUACCUCCUAUAUGACUCCUCGAAUCCUGUUCUGCAAGUCACAUUCCCACCCAUAAGCCACCAUUUCUUACGCUGACCGAAGUCCUAUUAACCAUCAACCCCCCCCAACCCCCCCAACCCUUACUUUCAUUUUAAUUAAAAAGAAAAAAAUCCGCACGAACUCACACCCACAUGUUACCUCCAAAAUUGAUCGACCCUUAAAAAUCUCCAACGAAAAACUUUAUUGCGUCCUUCUUUUCUCCUGUCACCGUCCUGCCCAGUUGCAUUAUUUCACUGGCACUCAAUGUAAACACAAUACAACGCUGUACUUGUCACCGUAUCGGAAAUCCCCGGUAACUGGAGUAGAUCAAUGCACGGUGCUCAAGCUGUUUUUUUUCCCCACCACCCAAAAUUUUUUUCCGCUUACUUUAUGAUAGGCAGGUGCGCAUCAGGCGUUUUCUUCUGACUUAAUCUCUAACCGACAAAAUUACUCAAUCUGGGAGGGCCCCGGGCACACUGUUGGACGGAACUGCUCGGCCAACAAAACGCCCUUUCUACGCUCCGCCAAAGAGGCAACAAAGCUUUUUACAACGAGCCUCCACCCUUCUCCUAUCCAACGCCGAUCUUAAUGGGAGUUACGGGCCCUACAGGAACUUGUCCAGGGUCCCGCGAAACAGGCCUAAUCUCUAGGAACACUUCUAGAGUAGACGCCAAUCUCGGUAAGAUAUGAUUUAUGGGAGACAACUAUAAAAUCACGGGGCGGCCCCUGAAUGGGCGGCCCUUAUAGCAGCAAUUAAUUAACCAUAACUCCGCGUCGCCCAGCGUCAGAGUUUGGUUGGAGUUAAGGGUAUCGGUGUCCCGGGGGAGUCCUAACAUUGCCAAACAAGCUUUCCGAGAUGGCGCCCUAGUGACAACUGCGACAAUUAAAACACAGAACGUGACGUGGGUGGGACCGGGGAAAGGGCGGGGGGGGGGGCGUUAGACGAUACGCUUAUGUUGCGUCUACAGACAAAUUAUGUUGUAAGCAUAGAUGUGAUGGUUAGGGGAUUGAUGAACUGAUCAAUUGAUUUAAGGUCAAGGUUUAAAGGUUUCACCUUAAAGAAAGGUAAAACAAAAACGUUUGGGAGUAGAGAAAAGUGGUAAACACAGAACGUGACGUGGGUGGGACCGGGGAAAGGGCGGGGGGGGGGCGUUAGACGAUACGCUUAUGUUGCGUCUACAGACAAAUUAUGUUGUACGCAUAGAUGUGUUGGUUAGUGGAUUGAUGAACUGAUCUAUUGAUUUAAGGUCAAGGUUGAAAGGUUUCACCUUAGAGAAAGGUAGAACAAUAACGUUUUGGAGUAGAGAAAAGUGGGACUUUUCUGGGGAUACAAAUUUUACCUGAAUGUCGAACGAAUUUAUUUAAACUUUAAAAAAAAAAAAAUUAAAAAGCGAUUGAAUCUGGCAUUAAGAUUAAUAUUUUAAUCAAACAAAACGAAAUAUUUCAAGUAAUUAUUGUUUUAAAAACCAUUUUCCAAUCGUGAGAUAAAGAAAGAGAUUGAACAAGUCGAUGCACGGUCUCAACAAACACUGAAAUGUUUCAUUAGUGAAGACAGACCUAGAGUCUACUUUAAACUAGAAAGAUCAAAGCAUGAAAUACAAAAUGAAAUUGUUUAUAAAAGAAAUGAAGGGUUCAAAUAAUUUGAAAGUUAUUGUUAUUAUUUUUAUAAUCAUUAUUAUUAUUAUUAUAAUUAUCAUGAGUACUAUUGUUAUUAUCAUUGUUAUUAUUAUUAUGACAAAAGUUCUUAUUUAAUUACAGUGCACUUGGUAUCAUACACAAAAAGCUGUGGUAAAAAAAAUCAAACUUUAAUUUCAGACAUAGUGAGUAGUGCUAGUCAAACUAAACUGACGUCACUAAGGUCCAGGGCCUGCUCAUGUAUCGAUUAGGCGAUCAAGAUAUAAGUGGAUGAACAUCCAGUGAAAACAAAUAUCAAGGGUUGUCGUUUAAACUCGACAUCCCCUCCCCCCACCCCAACUUAACGAUCAAUGGUUGGCAACAAAGAUGAGAAAGUAGGACAUUCUAUUGAAUUGAAACAUUACUCACCAAUGAGCAGACAUUCUUUUAAAUUGAAACAUUACUCACCAAUGAGCAGGCAUUAUUUUGAAUUGAAACAUUACUCACCAAUGAACAGACAUUCUUUUGAUUUGAAAGAUUACUCACCAAUGAACAGACAUUCUUUUAAAUUAAAACAUUACUCACCAAUGAAAAGACAUUCUUUUGAAUUGAAACAUUACUCACCAAUGAAAAGACAUUCUUUUGAAUUGAAACAUUACUCACCAAUGAACAGACAUUCUUUUGAAUUGAAACAUUACUCAGCAAUGAACAGACAUUCUUUUGAAUUGAAACAUUACUCACCAAUGAACAGACAUUCUUUUGAAUUGAAACAUUACUCCCAAAUGAGCAGAAAUUCUUUAGAAUUGAAAAAUUACUCACCAAUGAACAGACGCUCUUUAGAAAUGAAAAAAUUACUCACCAAUGAACAGACAUACUUUUGAAUUGAAAAAUUACUCACCAAUGAACAGAAAUUCAUUUGUUUUGAACCAUUACUCACCGGUUAACAGAUAUUCAUUUUUAUUUAAACAUUACUCACCGGUUGACAGAUAUUCAUUUGAAUUGAACCAUUACUCACCAAUGAACAGACAUUCAUUUCUAUUGAAACAUUACUCACCGGUUGACAGACAUUCAUUGGUUUUGAAACAUUACUCACCGGUUAACAGACAUUCAUUUGUGUUGAACCAUUACUCACCAAUGAACAGACAUUCUUUAGAAAUGAAACAUUACUCACUGGUUAACAGACAUUCAUUUGUAUUGAACCACUACUCACCAAUGAACAGACAUUCUUUAGAAAUGAAACAUUACUCACCGGUUAACAGACAUUCAUUUGUAUUGAACCACUACUCACCAAUGAACAGACAUUCUUUAGAAAUGAAACAUUACUCACUGGUUAACAGAUAUUCAUUUGUAUUGAAACAUUACUCACCAAUGAGCAGACAUUCUUUAGAAAUGAAACAUUACUCACUGGUUAACAGAUAUUCAUUUGUAUUGAAACAUUACUCACCAAUGAGCAGACAUUCAUUUGUACUGAAACAUUACUCACGGGUUAACAGAGUGCUGCGAAUAGAAAUAGCUAAACGUUCAUUUAGCUAUCUGUGGUUACAUAGCAGCUUUUUUCAGCUGUUGCACCAAUUCCCACUUAACAAAGACAAACUUGUAGAAGAAAAGAUUGCAGGAAAUACUUGGAUGUCUCUUUUAGAAGGUCUCAUGUCCUUUACAAUGCCAGGACAGCCGAUAGAAGGUCUCAUGUCCUUUACAAUGCCAGGACAGCCGAUAGAAGGUCUCAUGUGCUUUACAAUGCCAGGACAGCCGAUAGAAGGUCUCAUGUCCCUUACAAUGCCAGGACAGCCGAUAGUUGCCAUUACUUUGCUUUACUAUAUUGUCUGGUGCGUUCAAAAAGAAAUUUGACGAACAUUUAACGAUGUGAACUGAACAAAAAAAAUUAGAUCAAAUUUCCGUUCGAUCAAAUUUGCGUCGAUCAAUCUUCCCGUCGACGAAAUGUCUUUCAAACGAAUUUCCGGUAACCGUAAUUUAUAACAUUAUCGAAUGGUUACGAACUGACAUAGUUUAAAAGUCUUAAACUUUUGAUUAUAAAUUGUAUUUCCUUUUUUAAGCUAUAUAUAUGAUAAGGUUAUUUCUUAUUGUGUCCGUACAUUCAAACUGUUUCAGACUGUUAAAAAUUCAUUCAUUUCUACGAUAAGAUAAGAUAAGAUAAGAUACACAAACUCCAGAUAUAUGGGAUUCAAGGCACCACUAAAACAUGGAUCUCUAGCUUCCUCAGCCACCGACGCCAAGCAGUAGUGGUGGGCGGUACAAGCUCCUCCUUUGUCAAUGUGAAGUCAGGGAUCCCCCAGGGAUCAGUCCUGGGCCCCUGUUUGUUCCUAGCAUACAUUAAUGACCUACCGGAGAAACUGACAUCACAGGCAAGACUGUUCGCAGAUGACACAGCAGUGUAUAGGACGAUCGCCAACAGAUCUGACCAGGACCAGCUACAACAGGAUCUCAAUCUGUUAGCUGAGUGGGAGAUGAGCUGGGACAUGGAAUUUCACCCUGCCAAGUGCCAGACACUAUCAAUCUCUAGAAGUUGUACUCCUCUACACUACCAAUACGAACUGCACGGCCAUAUACUUGAGCCAGUUUCCUCCGUAAAGUACCUGGGUGUUACCAUUCAAAGAGAGGUCCGCUGGGACGAGCAUAUUAACAAUGUAUGUAGCCAAGCAAACAAGACCCUAGGGUUCUUAAGGCGAAAUCUAAAGAUUGGCAACUCCUGUGUAAAAGAAAGAGCAUAUAAAGCCUUUAUCCGUCCGAUUUUAGAUUAUGCAUCUUCAAUCUGGGACCCAUUUACCCAGAAGAGCAUUGACAGGUUGGAGGCGGUCCAGCGACGAGCAGCACGCUUUGUCCUAAACCGCUACAGGAAUACCUCUAGUGUUGGCAGCAUGCUAGAAACACUAGGCUGGUCACCAUUGGAGAAACGACGACGACAAUCCAGGCUCUCCAUGAUUUACAAGAUAAAUAAUGGGCUGGUCCACUGUUCCAGUAUUAAACAGAAACUCGUCCCUCUCCCCCAUAGACAGCGACGAGGCCAUGACAGGCAAUUCAGGCUCAUACCAGCAAGAAGCCAGUAUAGGAGCUGCUCAUUCCUGCCCAAGACAAUCAGGGACUGUCAGGGACUGGAACCAUCUUUCAAAAGGAACAGUUGAGGCGACAACACUAGACACAUUUGUGUCUAUUGCCUCAAGCCUUCAAACCCCUAGUGCAUAAUUUCCUCAUCACCACCAGUAACAGAAACAUGGCAAAUCCCAUCUACAUGCAUAGGAGCCAAAAUGAUCAAUAAAUUGAUCGUGGGCCCUUAAGAUAUAGAAGAAGAAGAUACUUUUAUUGAUCCAAACAAAUGGAAAUGUGGUUUGAUUGCAUUGUUUAUUUUCAGCACAUAAAUAAAACAAUUUGAACUCAGGACAUCUACAUAAAAUUGUUUUACUUGUGGAAAAACUCUCUUAGUCUGGGACUUAUUAGUUCUCAUUUAGUUUUGUGACUUCUGGGGCAGCACGCUGGUAAAGUCGUACAGGCUGGGGAACAAAAGAGUUUUUAUAUCUUUCAGUCCUCGCCCCUGAGAGAAGAAUUCGUCCCGAACGGGCCGAUCCUAAGUGAUGAAGAGGGUGGGAUGUAUCAUCCAAAAUUUGUUUAGUUUUGCAAUAACAUCUACCCGCUUUCAAUAAGAACAACAAGGAUGCUGACUAACUAUCGCUAUAUUUUAAACCAAGAGUAAACGAGCGUGGGUGUGUCUGCGAUAGGGGGUGUGGGCGUGUGGAGGUGGGGGAGCCAGUAAUUCCACAGAGGGAUGGACCCGAUUUUAAAAUAAUAGCAGGGAAGAGGGAGGGGGCGCACUACCGGGCCCCAUGACAGAAGUGGACAGCCGGUAGUUAGGGAUCCUUGCCCCGAACGUAACCGCAGACAGACUCGAUCCUCUCAGGCAUCCCCCAGGCUGGUCAUCGUGAAUGACGUCACUGCUGUGGGGAGGGGGGGCGGUGGAUUUCCACUGUUAUUAAUGACAGUUUAUUUAAUGGAAAUAAGUGGCGGUCGUCGAUGUCAGCUGACGUGCGGAGUACGAUCGAAAAGAAAAUGGCGGACAGCACAUCUUUUAACAUUCAAAUACGGCAAGGUUGAUUUAUCUACUCUUGACUACGACAGCCUCAUUAACGACGUCCCGAACGAAUUUACUUUAAAAAAUGUAAUUCAAAGCAAUGCCCCAUACUCCAAAAAAAUAAUUUCUGCAAUUCGUAGCGGAAAUUACUGCCAGGGUUGUACCUAUAAUAUGGUAUUUGGCGCCCACGGCAUCUGCCCCACCUGCCCUACCCUAGGCACGCCACUGUUUUGAAGUUGACAAUAAAGUUAAAAAUAGCACUGCCACUGGUAGACAGGAGCCUAUGGGACGGUAGAUGUGUUGACCCAUAAUGUUUUAUUGGUUGAUCGGGGCUGUGAGUUCCCAUGACAAAGAGUGACUAUAACGCUCAGCGGAUAACAGACCUGGCGUGUGUGAAUGCAAUACAUUGUGGGAAUGGGGUAAUGAAAACGUCAGGCACACACGAGCUGCGUGUACAGGAGAGGGAGAGAGAGUGGGGGGGGGGCUCGAGAUCGAUCACAGAAUCUUCUUUCUUUAUAUAGAUGUUUGGUUAAUCAAUUCUUGUAGAUUUUAAACAAUUUGAUCCUACUUAAUUGCUAUCAACCAGAUUUUUUUUCUAGUUUGAAUCGAAAAUAAUUUAUAAACAUUAUAUUGCUUCUUGACCGGACACUGCACUAGGAAUUGGUUUGCCUGGUUGUACACAAUCCUGGCGAUGUGAUAAUAAUCUUUAAAUUUAUUCAGGUCAAGGACGUGACAAGUCUUAUGUAUUGCUGGACAAUUUCUCUUAUGUUUCAUUUCAUUUUUUUUUUUUUUUUGAAAGGUAAAAAAUAUCCAAUGUCAUUCAACAAAUCCAUAACUAAAAAUCAACCACACAAAUAUUUGUUAUGAUUUUUUGGUAGAUGGACGCUUAGGUCUAAUGGCGAAUGUUCAUAUAGACCCCUAGGUCUGACAAAUGUACAGUUAGAGUCCUAUAGGUCUAAUGACAAAUGUGUAGAUAGACGCCUAGGUCUAAUGAUGAAUAUUCAGUAAGACGCCAAGGUCUAAUGAAGAAUGUUCAGAUAGACGCCUAGGUCUAAUGAAGAAUGUUCAGAAAGACGCCUAGGUCUAAUGAGGAAUGUUCAGAUAGACGCCUAGGUCUAAUGAAGAACGAUUAGACAGUCAUAGGAAGCACUUUUAUUUAUAUAAUAUAAUUUGAAGACCAUGGAUAUAUAGUUUUUUUUUAAAACUUGUUCUUAAAAAGUAAAAUGAAAAAAAAAGAUGUAAUAUUUUAACCUCCAUGAUGUUUCUAGUGUUAAAUAUAAUAAAUAGCUAUUGUAAUACGAUAUCUUUCAAUUAAGAAGUAAUAUGAAAAAUUUACAAUGUCAACAUUUUUCUUCUUCUCCCCCCCCCCCCCCUUUUUCCCCCUAAAAAAAAAUUUAAUAUUUUAACCCCCAUGAUGUUUCUAAUGUUAAAUAUAAUAAAUAGCAAUUGUAAUACGAUAUCUUUCAAUUAAGAAGUAAUAUGAAAAAUUUACAAUGUCAACAUUUUUCUUCUUCCCCCCCCCCCCCCUUUUUCCGCCAACAGUCCGACAUAAUCCACCAGUCUGUGAUGGAGCUAAUCCACUCCGAGGACAGAGAAGAGUUCAAAAGACAGUUGACCUGGAACUCCAUGCUGCCCCCAGACAAAGCUGGACUUGCCCUGCAUGAAAUCAUGCUUCCAGGUCAGUGGCUCGUUUCUUCUCAGGUCUUUCAGUUCAUUGUUUUUAAUCAGCUAAAAGGGGUUGUGGUUAUUGGUCCAAAUUUUCUUUCUUAAACAUUCUGAUAGUACUAAAAAGAGUGAAAAGUUUCGACAUGUGUGAAUAUCUGGAAAAAAAACAUUUUAUUUCUGGAACGAGAGAAAAUUAAUGUGUUAAAAUGCAAUAAUUACAAUGUUUUUUUUAAAAUUGUUUCGUUAUUUAAUUUUGUUUCCAGAAAACAUGAAUCACCUCCACCGUUCUUUCACUGUGAGAUUCCGAUGUUUGCUGGACAAUACUUCCGGAUUUAUAGUAAGGGGGCAUUUGCAUGUAGUGGACGUUUGUGUAUUCAGUGUAGUCAUGCCAACCCUUUAAUUCAUAACAAUGCAAACAUUGAUAAGAUCUUAAAUAUUGCAGUCGAUUAUUCUUGUAUCGUUCAUCAGCUAUGUGUAUCUUACAGACUCUAGAGAUUAACGGAUGGAUACGAAUCCUUCACGGCCAAGGGCCCAGGUCGGAGGAGCCACAAUUGGCGCUGUUUGCCACCUGCUCCCCAUUCGGGCCCCUCAGUUUGUUCGACAUACCGUCCAGGGAGAUGACAUUCAAGACAAAACACAAAAUGGAUUACUCCCCGGUUACUAUGGACAACAGGUAAGAUGGCGACCCAUGAGAGUUCCUCUGGUUGAACGCGUUCACUUAUGAGCUUUGUUCACUAAAAAGCUUCCAGCGUCGUUAUAGGGCAUCUAAAAGUUGUGAUAUAUAUAUAUAUAUAUAUACCUUAUACAUUUGUAACGAGAUAUCGGCUAUAUAGGUACAGGUUCCCAAUAUGUGUCGACCAACGAUACCAGUUAUAUCAUUCCCAUAGAAAUGUCUGCAUCACAUGACGUUAACAAUAACGAAGCGGUAUAUUUUGUGUUUUAAAAAGAAAGGAAUACAGUAAAGAACAGAGCAAUUACUGUACUAAUUCACUUUGAACAGUUACGUUAUAAAGUAAUUGGUAAAAAUAACGCUACACAGAUGCUAUUAUUGGUUAAGAAAAUUAACUUAAUAAUUAGGAGAAAAUGAGUGCAGAAGGAUUUAACAAUGUAUCUACUGCUCACUUAGUUUUCGACACCGGCGAAUAUUGAGUCAUACAACAUAUUCUAAAAUCUGAAGUAAGGUAUAAAUCGUGAUUUAUCAAUCACAUAUGCCAGCUUUCAAUUAUUGAUAUUGCCCCCCCUCCCCCAAGAUCUCCCAAGGGUGGUACCAUAGAGGAGACGACGGUGAAUAACACAAUAUCCUUUUUUCCCUCACUGCCUUUAAAUAAAUCACCUAUUAUUGCCCACGAUUGAUUAGACCUUGCCUUCUCUUGCUCCAAGUCGCCUCACUUCAAACAUUGUUGCACUCUGUUUUCUGUUUCACUGACGUCGCCGGGGCCGCUGCGUCACUUGGCCCAUUUUAAUUACCUUUAUGGCGACCUCAAUUGCCUGAUUAACUCAAUUAAUUAGGGCGCGGAUCGAUCUGCGUAACACGACAACAUAUGGCGCGGAGUUAUACCGACCAGACAGUCGCUGUGGACUAACAAUGGAGAAAAUCCGAACUGGCAAGUCAAAAGAAGAGACAAAAAUUAGUUCACUCGUUCUGCGUUGAUCGCGUUAUUAUUCGGUGAACUGCAUUUAAAUGUAUGAUUCGAAAAUAAUUUUCGUAUUAAAAUACUUCAACUGAAAAAAGUCUUUAAGAAGGAAUCUCGUAGUUGGAAACGAUGUAAUGGUGAGACUGUGGCCAGAGUGCAUUGAAAUGUAUAAAAAUAAAAAAAAAAUUUAAAAAAGAAAAUCUGGCGACGUGAAAAUGUAGCCCCUUGAUUGGUCCCUUGACGACAGGCGGUGGCGAAUGAAUAUUUUAUAAAUGAAGUCAAUUGUCUGGCGUCAAUGUUGGCCAACUGCUAGGGAUGAACUGAGAUGCCGAUAUCUGGUCUCACCUUGAUCAUGUUGUAACCCAGCCUUGAUAAAAAAAAGGAAUAUCCCCCUUUUUUUCAUGAACGCCCCUUCUCCCACAACUUUGUAAUGACCUUCAGUAUGAAGGUAUGGGUUAUACAACACAAUUGUAUUGAGUUGAUGUCUCUUUUAUGAUACACAUUCAUUCUUCACGAUACCAUAUGUUCUUUUAAAAAAAAAAAUUGGAACAUUUGUAGUAAAAUAGUUGAGUUUGGUGACUGUCCAGACAUGUGCGAGUGAUUCUCAAACCUUACUCAAAGGGGUUUAAACCAGGGACCCCCCCCCCGAAACAUUUGCCAUUUCCAUUUAAUUAAAACAUGAGAAAUGAGGAAAAAUAAAAAUUCAAGUGUCCUACUGGAUCCGCAUUCGUUUUGCUACCCAGAAAAAUAAUCAAUAGCAGUUCUAAAAUGAUAGUCAUUAUGACAUUUGACCUCAAACGUUCCCUUUCACAGCCCUCGGGGGGUGAAAGGUCACCGAACUUCCAAGACAAAUAUGGUGCGUGUAUUUUGUGGACGAGAUUUUCUACAAGAUAAUUAACUAUCAUUGUCAAUUCAUUAGUUAGUGUCAAUUAUAAUAGUCCAAUACUUCUUUGGAGUUGUAACCCCAAGAAGACAGCGGCCUCUUGUGUGCAUUGGUUUAGAUGACAGGCUUACAAGGAGAAUAAUGGUCUUAGAGGCACAGCCGUUAUUAUAAUUUUGAUGUUACUAUCGUAUAAGCGUAAAUAUGAUUUUAUUAAUUCUUCAUGUUAUAUCUAUAAAAUAAUUUAAACACUAUUAUUGUUAUGAAAUGCCUGUGCAAGACUCUGACAGUAUUAAUCGUUGUGCUAUUCCCAAGGGGUAAGGUGAUGUUUGCCUACAGUGACCAGGAGCUAGCCACUAAAUCUGGCUAUGAUCUCAUUCACCCAGACGACUUAAACUACUUCUCGUCUGCCCAUCAAGAAUGUGAGUUAAUGUUCUUUGAUAGCCCCAGUUGCCGUAUCUUACUUGUAUUUACAUUAAUUUACCUUAAUUUUCCUUACUUUACCUGUACUUACCUUAAUUUACCUUACUUUAUCUGUAUUUACCUGAAUUUACCUGUAAUUUACCUUAUUUUACCUGUAAUUUACAUGUAUUUCUUCAAUUAACAUCGAAAGAUGUUAAUGACGUGCAUACGUUUCCAUCUUGAAGGGGAACGCUUCAUUGUAGAAUCAACUGUUAAGGUCGAGAAUAUUAUACAAUAUAUUUAAAAAUGUUACUCCGGCUGUGAUGGUACCCAAAGUAAAUCCAGACUAGAGACCGAUUUCGGCCUAAACCGAAACCAACACCAACGUUCAAAAUGACCUUCUGCCUAAACCGAAACAAACACGAACGUUGAAAAUGACCUUCGGCCUAAACCGAAACAAACACAAACGUUAAAAAUGACCGUCGGUCUAAACCGAAACCUACACGAACGUUAAUAAUGACCUUCGGCCUGAGCAGAAACCGAAAGGCUUACCGAGAGUGUCGUCCAAAAUCGAAAGAUUUGGAUAUUUUGAAACUCGUUCGCGCAUACGCUCUACGUACGUUGAGAAAUGGUUGGGGAACGUAUUGAUAUUUAAAUUAUAAUUUCUAAUUUUAAAAAAAAUGAGAUUAUCGUGAAUUUUAUUCGAUAACCAUUUGAUGAAUUCUUAGGUUUCUACCAUUUGAUUUAAAAAGUAAUUAAAUUUGUAAAAAGUGUAUUUCAAAGUUGUAUGAUAGGAGAAAAUUGGACUUAAAGGAGGCAGGCAAAAAUUAUUUAAUAUAGAACCUUGGGCGGCCUUUUAAAAUGCAAAACAUAAAAAAAAAAAUUGAAAUGUAACCAUGUUGCCUAUGACAACAUAUAUGCGCAUGAUGAUGAUAGAUCAACAUGAAUGUCGCAAAUAAAUGAAUUGAAUAAACCUAGGGGUUCUCAAAUAUUAUUUUUAAAAAAUUAUUUAAAAAAAAAUAAUAAUAUAAAUAAUAUUACCAUACUCGUAGUUUUUUUUUUUCCCAACAAAACUAUUUACCUUUUUUUAAGCCUUGGUGAAAUUUUAUUUUUGAAAAUAUUGGACAAGUAGGUCGUCACGCAGCUGUGAGCAGUCUUCACAGAGGUUUAACCAAAUAUCAUACGAUGAAAGCAAGACGUCGAGAAUAAUGAAUAUCAGAUUGGUGGCCAACAGACAGACAAAAUUAUAGUCUGGAUUCUGGUCGACGGCCGAAAGCCUCAAUUACUUUUGUCCGAAACCGAAACUACGCCGAAAGGGAUAAAAUGACAAUUUUUGACGCUCAAACCGAAACCGAAAUUUGGUCGGCCUCUCAUCCAGACCUGUGAACCAAGCAUUUCAAAGUUAAGCUUUGUUUAAACCUUUUUUUCCUUCAUUAUUUCCAGUAAUCAAAACAGGCAGCUCAGGUUUAAUCUCAUACCGCUGGCAAACCAAACACCAGCACUGGCUGUGGCUGCAGUCAAGCUGUAAGGUCAUCUACAAGAACAGCAAACCUGACUUCAUCAUUUGUACACACCGGCAACUGACGUAAGUUGGUGUCCACCAAAUGUGUCCGUCACUGGUCACAAUUUAUCGUUUUCCAUAGCCAAAAAAAUAGUUGAAUGCGUUUUGCUUUUAAUGGGGUCUGAAUAAAACUGCGAUUUUGAACUAUCAAUCUUUUGAUUAUCUGUUUGUCGUCAACUGUAUCUUUCCUUGUCUUCCUCUAUUUUAGUGAAGACGAAGGCAACGACCUCUACGGCAAACGGGGCAACGAGUUCAAACUGCCCUACCCACUCCUGGACAUCGACAUGUGCUCGGGUUUUGGAUUCGGCGACGACGAGCUCGUGACGAAAUCGAAGACGAGCAAAAGCAAGAAGAAAACGAGCAGCGCCAGUCCAGGAAACACCAGCAACAGCACCACCAGCGGCACGCCGACCAACUUCAGCGCCACCGUGAGCACGACGGCAAAAGACUACCAGAACGGGAAGAAGAGAAAAACGGCUUGCAUCAUUGGAGGGAUACCGCCAUACUGCUCCUACCCAACUGGGUUCACGUCCUACGAUGGCGGUUCGGGGGAGAUGAAGGCGCCCGACCCCAUGUACUCGUACGCUACGAAUAAUUUCGGUUUUGAAACCGAUAUGUAUCGGAGUCAGGGAUAUGGUGCUUUGACUCCAACUGUGUACCCAUCCUCGGAUCCAUACGGCAGGUUAGAUGUGGAUAAGCAUGGAUAUUUCCUAGAUCACAGACAGUACCAGCAUUCGUCGCUGCCGUAUUCGAAUAACGGGUACAGUGACUUCGUGCCGCCGGCGAAAUACGGCUACGACGUGCCGAAAUAUGGAUUCGAUUCUUACAGUUUGGAUUUAAGCAAGCGUGUGGAGUGUGGGGAUAUAUCCCAGUUUCACCCGGAUGUUAGGCGAUACGCAUUCGAUUAUCACCAUCCAUCUUACCCUCAUCUUGAUCACCCUUCCCUCCACUCGGCCGACCGAUUCCCGGCCAGCCGACUCAACGUCUCGUCCAUAGACGCCGUGGAUCUCCGGAACCCUGCGGCGAUUUUCGGUUCAAACUCGUUUAUGAACACCGUAGAAGCGCCCUGCGCAUCUUCGUCCCCAUGUUCGGCUUCUUCCGUUUUCAAGGCGGUGCCGAAUUCUAACCACGGGAACAACAAAGACCAAACGGGGUCGAAGCUGCACAAAAUGGGACCAGGAUUGGUGACGAUGGACACCGCGCCUUUAUCUAUGCCUUUUGACGUGGCCAACUCACUUCCUCACAAUACUGUCAUUAAAUCGACC